AUGGCCGCCAGGCCAGGCAGCCCUGAGCCACACGUCUGCAUCCCCCAGUGUGUGUGGUGUGAUGACCAGCUCUGUAGCCCGGCCUCUCCCUUCUCUGUGGAUGGGCUGGUGGUGAUACAGGCAGAGCUGAGCCGCCCACAGACACCCCCACCUCAGGACCGGCUGCAAAUUCUGUGCACCCCCCCACCAUCCCAUCCAAUAUCAGCACUCCUUGAACUGGUGCCUCCUUGCCUGGCUUCUUUCUCCGACUCUCCCCAUAAAGCUGGGGACUCACGCCUUAUCCCAGAAACAGGGUGUAGGGGCGAGGAGAGGGGGGUUGGGUGGGAGGGGGCUGGGACUCCAGGAUAG